UGCAAACCUAGUUCUUUUAAUGUGCUGCCACCGCCAAGCGAAUCAUCCUCAAAAAAUAUAUUAUUUGAAAGAAAUGUAACUAAACCAUACCAUGUUUUUUUGCCAGUAAAUCUAACGUUUGUUUGAUAAAGAGUAUGGGGUUGUUCACAUACGACACAGUUGACAGUCUUCGAGGAGUAAUUUUAGACAAAUGUAGUGCAGCAAUUCAGCAAGAUUUGAGUUGGAUCUUUUAUUCUGUAAGAAGAGUUUCAUAGUUUAUCGGAGCACAAUCUUCGCCGACGCACUAAGAUAUUUAGUUCAUUAAUCCAUUUUUUUUGACACUUUCACUACAUUAAUAGAAAGGAGAGGACUGAAAGCUAAAAACAUCGAUCAUUCCAAAAAUUUAGUAAAAUAUCUCUUUAUGUGCACUAGGCGAUUUUCGAGGACUGUUCGUCUUCAGAUAGAUUACAAAGAGCAAAGGCGAAUUAUAUGUUAUGUGAACAUCUACUAUUGACAUGCUUUUUUACAAUAAUUCACCCCGUUGCAAUUCAUAACUAACACACAAAGAACCAGAAAAGCAAUACUAACGAACGGUUUUACCAUUGUUCUAAACAGAAGAAAUGGUGAACAUUAUCAGGUUAUAAUCUGCUUGGCUAUCUCAUAACCGUCUACAAAACCUGUAUCUUAACUUUGAGACUUUAAUCGUUUCCAAAUAUUCCUAAAAGAUCUCCAGAAUUGCAGGCAAAAGUUCAAAGCCAUUAGACUAUCUCUGCAUUUGGGAUUUUUCAAAGCCCUUGCACUUGAAACCUUUUCUCGACCCAAUAAUAUUUUUGGCCUAACUAGUGAUGUUUGUAGUUUUACCUUAGGAAAGUUUCAAACAUUGCUACUAUCUUCCAUCAACGGACGGGUCUUGUAUUCAGUAGGUCCAACGAAUCGAAAAAUCUAAGCGACCUUAGCUAACGUAUUCUUUGUUGCUUACAUGUUAUUUAUGGUAUUUAAUCACCACAAUUAAUCUGACAGCAAAACGUCGUUCGGAUUUCUCGUGCGAGAGUCCACAAAAGUCUAAUACCAAUAAUUGAAAGCGAUGGUUUUAUUUCUAUGGAAAGUCUAGUAAUAAUGAUCUAGCUGAUCAACAAAUCAAUAAAUAACGCACAUAUCGAUUUUUCUUCCUCGGAUGAAUGAUCAGCAUAAAUAAUAAAUGCGGUUCUCUGUCGACACCCUUUAUCAAACAAACAUUAGAUUUACUGGCAAAAAAACAUGGUAUGGUUUAGUUACAUUUCUUUCAAAUAAUAUAUUUUUUGAGGAUGAUUCGCUUGGCGGUGGCAGCACAUUAAAAGAACUAGGUUUGCAAGUUGCAACGGGCACGCAUUCUGGUCACUAUUCUUGUCCGAAUGCAACCACUAUAGCUGCUGUUGCUAUCGGCUAUGUAUAUAAAAAUGCAAAAGAGUCAGUAUUGAAAUCAGGCGCAUUAGCAAUACACAAUUUUUAUUUAUAUUUAACAAAAGAUGGUCAGUCAUGUACAGGAAAAUUUAUAUUUGCAAUUUAUCCUCCAGGCUCGAAUCCUUUGUCGAAUAAUAUUAAACCAUUGCUAAAAAGUGGUGUAGCAACAUUAACAUGCGACAGACUUAAGCCCAAAGGUUUAACUAUGCCGUAUCAAUAUAUCAGUAUAUAUACAUGUAUAUAUAUUGAUAUAUUGAUACCGUUUACAAUUUAUAUUGUAUAUACAAUAUAA